CCCGUCUGCAACACACGACCGAGCCAGACCGCGCCCUGCAAUCUUACGAAGUACACCAGGCCCACCCGAAACACGCACACGCACAGGCACACGCCUGCAUCCGGACCAUCCAGCACCCGCGCCCGCCAUGCCGACCAUCGCCGCCGCCCAGCUGGUGAAGCUGCAGCAGCAGGCAGAGGGCGUCCGCAAUAUCUGCAUCCUCGCCCACGUCGACCAUGGCAAGACGUCGCUCACCGACGCCCUCAUCGCCACCAACGGCAUCAUCUCCCCUAAGCUCGCCGGCAAGAUCAGGUACCUCGAUUCGAGACCGGAUGAGCAGCUCCGCGGUAUCACCAUGGAGUCGUCGGCCAUCUCGCUGUACUUUUCCCUGCUGAGACGCUCCGCCCCGGACGCCCAGCCCGAGAAGAAGGACUUUCUGAUCAACCUGAUCGACUCGCCCGGCCACAUUGACUUUAGUUACGAGGUCUCCACAGCAUCACGUCUGUGCGAUGGUGCCAUCGUGCUCGUCGACGCUGUGGAAGGCGUGUGCAGCCAGACCGUCACCGUCCUGCGCCAGACGUGGAUAGAGAAGCUCCGGCCUCUGCUCGUCAUCAACAAGAUGGACAGACUAAUCACCGAGUGGAACAUGACCCCUGCUGACGCUCACACACAUCUGAACAAGCUCGUAGAACAGGUAAACGCCGUCAUGGGUAGCUUCUACCAGGGUGAGCGCAUGGAGGACGACCUCCGGUGGCGCGAGAAGAUGGAGGAGAGGCUCAACGCCGCAGCCGCUGAGAAGACUAACACGACGUCGUCGGCAGUAUCAGAGAAUAGUGACGGCAUAGACACGACAAGCACACCUGCUGAGUACGAAGAGAAGGACGACGAGGACAUCUACUUUGCGCCUGAGAAGAACAACGUCAUCUUUGCCAGCGCCAUUGAUGGAUGGGCCUUCACAGUAAAGCAAUUCGCUAGUCUCUACGAGCGCAAGCUUGGCAUCAAGCGCUCGGUACUCGAGAAAGUACUAUGGGGCGAUUACUUCUUAGACCCCAAGACGAAGCGCGUGCUGAGCUCCAAGCACCUCAAAGGCCGCCAUCUAAAGCCCAUGUUUGUUCAACUGGUGCUCGAAAACAUCUGGGCUGUCUACGAAGGCGCCACAGGAGGUAACAAUGGGAAGGGAGAUCCCGCCAUGGUCGAAAAGAUUACAAAGUCUCUCAACCUCAACCUCCCGCCGCACGUUCUACGGUCACGCGACCCACGUGCUGUUCUGACCGCACUCUUCGCUGCCUGGCUACCACUGUCCACCGCGCUGCUGGUGUCCGUCACCGAGUACCUGCCGUCACCCGCCAAGGCCCAGGCCGAGCGAAUGCCCGAGAUCAUCGACGCCUCUGUCGGCGCUGAUCAUGUCGCGCCCGACGUCCGAAAGGCAAUGAUUGAGUCUGACAAGUCAAAGGACGCCCCUGUUGUAGCCUACGUCAGUAAGAUGUUCUCUGUUCCCGAAAGCGAACUGCCUCAGAACAAGAGAAGGACUGGCGCACUGAGUGCGGAGGAGGCACGAGAUCUUGGACGCAAGAAGCGAGCAGAGCUUGCCAGGCAACAAGCCAUUGCGAAUGGCGAAGGCCCAGAUGUUGGCGGUAUCACAGAAGCACUCAGCUCUGCCGCUAUCGGCGAAGAGGAAGCGGACACUGCAGAAGCUGCGCCAGCCGACGAAAAGGCUGAGCAUCUCAUCGGUUUCGCACGCAUCUACUCCGGCACUCUCAGCGUUGGAGAUGAGGUGUAUGUACUGGGUCCGAAGUUCUCGCCUGAGCAUCCUCACGCCACACCUGAGCCAAAGAAGGUCAAGAUCACCGCAUUGUACCUCAUGAUGGGACGUGGCCUGGAGUCCUUGGACUCUGUUCCUGCUGGCGUCGUUUUCGGUAUUGGUGGUCUGGAAGGACACAUGCUCAAGUCCGGGACGCUCUGCUCGCAGCUGCCAGGCUCACUCAACCUAGCUGGUGUGACAAUGGGUUCUGAGCCCAUUGUUCGCGUUGCGCUGGAGCCUGAGAACCCCUACGAUCUCGACAAGAUGAUCAAUGGCUUGAAGCUGCUGGUACAGUCUGACCCCUGUGUCGAGUACGAACAACUGCCCAGUGGAGAGCACGUCGUUCUGACCGCGGGUGAGUUGCAUCUCGAGCGCUGUCUAAAGGACCUGGAAGAGCGCUUCGCCAAGUGCAAGAUCCAAGCCGGUGAACCCAUUGUUCCGUACCGAGAGUCGACCGUUACCGCAGCUGAGAUGAACCCUCCCAAGAACCCCGAGCUUGGUCGUGGCGUUGUCGUCAGUGCGACAGCAAGCAAGCAAGUCUCUGUUCGCCUCCAGGUCCGACCUCUUCCGCCCAGCGUGACUGAGUUCCUGAGCAAGAACUCCGGUUCCAUCAAGAGGCUCAACUUAGAGCGCAAGGCGCAAGAAACCCAGCACUCGGACGAGCAUGUUGCUGCGGAACUCGAGGGCGCCGAGCAGGACGGUAUGCAGGAGGUCGAGCAGCGUGAGAGUGGCCAGACGUUAAGUCCAGCGGACUUCAAGAAGCAACUCAAGGCUGCUUUUGCCGAGGCUAAGAAAGAGAAGGACAUUUGGACUGACGAUGUGAUCGACAAGAUCACUGCCUUUGGACCGCGCAGCCGCGGACCCAACAUCCUGAUCGACACCGCUGGUAUCUGUAGCAAAUCCCUCACCGACGCCACCGAAACCUCCGACCCAUCCGACCGCACGUCCAGUGCCCGCUCCUUCGCCUCAACAAUAAUCUACGCCUUCCAGCUCGCCACAGCCCAAGGCCCCUGCUGCGCCGAGCCCGUCCAAGGCAUCGCCGUCUUCCUCUCCUCCAUCACGCUUGAAGACUCCACAUCUGAAACCGACCACCACCGACUCACCGGCGAAGUGAUCAAAGCCGUGCGCUCCGGCAUCCAUGCCGGCAUGCUCGACUGGUCGCCGCGCAUCCUACUCGCCAUGUACAGCUGCGAGAUCCAAGCCUCGACGGACGUGCUGGGCCGCGUGUACGCAGUCCUGACGCGCCGCCGCGGCCAGAUCCUCAGCGAGACCAUGUCGUCGACCUCGGCAUCCACGACCGGCAACCAGACCUUCACCAUCUCCGCCUUGCUCCCCGUCGCAGAAAGCUUCGGCUUCAGCGACGAGAUCCGCAAGCGCUCCUCCGGCUCCGCGAGUCCGCAGCUGCGCUUCGCCGGCUUUGAAAUGCUGCACGAAGACCCCUUCUGGGUCCCGUUCACCGAGGACGAGCUCGAGGAUCUCGGCGAGCUCGCCGACCGCGAGAAUGUCGCCAAGCGCUAUGUCGAUCGCGUGCGCAGGAGGAAGGGACUGCUUGUCAAGGAGGUCAAGGUCGAGGCGGAGAAGCAGAAGACGCUUAAGCGGUGAAGGGCGGGGAGUUGCACGGGCGGCGCGUUUUGGGUAAAGGGGUGGAAGGAGAAGGGGCGUGUGACGUGGUGGGAUGGCGGGGAGUGAGCGCGCGAGCUGGCGACUGUGUAGAUGGCGGCUGUGUAGAUGGCGACUGUAGGAGCUGGCAAGCAUGCGAACUUAGACCAGCCAAGACAAAGACAAAAAUGCAAUCAGGCUGUGGACCCCCCC